GCUCGGGAGGAGGACGUCGCGCGACGACAGCCUUCGGCGGUUUCACUCGCCCUCGCCGCCUCCCCGCCAGCUUCGCGGUGAGUCUCGCGCGCCCGCGGACGCGUCGACGCGCACCUUCCCGCCGGUGACGUCUCUCGCGCCCCCCGACAGCGCGCGUCGUCUCCGUUUUUUCCCCGGCGUUGACCGAGGGGCCCGAGGCCGGACGCGCGUUGCCCGUCCCGACCGCCCUCGCGACUUCUCUGACCCCUCGCGUUCCGUAUCGUCACCACCGAACGUUACGUCUCAGGAGGUCGCCGCGGUCGGUGGACGGGAGUUCGGCGUCGGAGAGGAGACCGUCUCCGUUCCGUCCGAGGCGUAAAAAGACGAGAGCCGCAUCCGAGUCUUCCCGAUUGGUCGCGAGCAUGGGGGUCGAGCUCGGCGUCUCCGGCGUUAACGUCGCGACCGCCGCCGCGGAGGCAUCCAAGCAAGCGAAAGGGGGACCGAAGAUGGCGACGGGGGAGAGACUGAGCAUGUGCGGACAGUACGUCAUAUCGAGGAGGGGCGAGUGGAGGUCGGUGCCCGAGGAGCAGCGGGUCUCGACGCGAUGCGCGUUUGACGCCGCCGAGCCCGACACCCGCCGCGCGCCAACGGGUGAGGCGCGACGAUGACGCGAGGACGCGAGGCGAUGUCGCUCGGUCCCGCGCGCGCCGCCGUGGGUGUCGCGUGCCGAGGGUGACGCGCGGCGACGUCGAGGUUGAAUGUAAGAUUACCUUUUAGUUCC